CAGCGCGUCCCGCAGGAAGGAGCUGGCGGAGCGAGGGGCCAGGAAAGGCAGCGGCGGGUGAGUGCGCAUCGCGACAGCCAACUUCUCUGCGCCCCGCCGGAUGCCCCGCCGGGCAGGUCUGUGCAUUCGGAGAAGCAGUAGCGAGACAACCACUCUGAGAAGAACACAAUGAAAAGAUGGCCUGCCUUACAAUGACAGAGAUGGAAGGAACUGCAACUUCUACCCUCCAUCAGAAUGGUGACAUCCUUGGGAAUACAAAUGCUCCCAAGCAGACGGAGACAGUGCUUCAGGUUUACCUUUAUCAUUCCCCAGAGAAGACCGAGGGACAUUAUCUUCAGUUUCCAGCUGGCGAAUAUAUUGCAGAAGAGAUUUGUGCUAUAGCUUGUAAGGCUUGUGGUAUGAUGCCUGUGUACCAUAAUAUGUUUGCACUAAUGAAUGAAACAGAGAGACUUUGGUAUCCUCCAAAUCACAUCUUCCAUGUAGAAGAAUCAACCAGGCUGAACUUACUCUACCGAAUAAGGUUUUAUUUUCCUCACUGGUAUUGUAAUGGCAGUAGCAGAGCAUAUCGUUAUGGUGUUUCCAGAGGUGCAGAGAGCCCUGUCUUUGAUGACCUUGUCAUGUCUUAUCUGUUUGCUCAGUGGCGAGAAGAUUUUGUGCAUGGAUGGAUAAAGAUACCUGUUACUCAUGAAACACAAGAAGAAUGCCUUGGAAUGGCUGUUCUUGAUAUGAUGAGAGUGGCCAAAGAAAAGGACCAAACUCCCCUGGCUGUCUAUAAUUCAGUCAGCUACAAGAAUUUUUUGCCUAAAUGUGUUCGGGCAAAAAUCCAAGACUACCAUAUUUUGACACGAAAGAGAAUAAGGUACAGAUUCCGCAAAUUUAUCCAGCAGUUUGGCCAAUGCAAAGCUAGUGCCAGAAACUUGAAACUUAAAUACCUUAUAAAUCUGGAAUCCCUUCAGUCUGCCUUCUAUUCAGAGAUUUUUGAAGUAAGAGAGCCUUGCAGAGGUCCUUUAGGUGAAGAGAGUUUUGCGACCAUUGUAAUAACUGGAAAUGGCGGAAUUCAGUGCUCAAGAGGGAAACAUAAAAGCAGUGAAAAGCUGACAGAACAGGAAUUACAGACAUACUGUGAUUUUCCUGAUAUAAUUGAUGUCAGCAUUAAGCAAGCAAACCAAGAAGGCUCCAGUGAGAGUAGAAUUGUCACCAGUGAGAAUAGAAUUGUCACUAUUCAUAAGCAAGACAGCAAGAAUCUGGAGGCUGAAUUUCAUUCAUUACGAGAAGCUCUCUCUUUUGUAUCGUUAAUUGAUGGAUAUUAUAGAUUAACCGCAGAUGCUCAUCAUUACCUCUGUAAAGAAGUAGCACCACCCACAGUGCUUGAAAAUAUCCAGAGCAACUGCCAUGGACCAAUUUCCAUGGAUUUUGCCAUCAGUAAACUUAAGAAAGCAGGCAAUCAGACUGGCGUCUAUGUUCUUCGUUGCAGUCCUAAAGAUUUUAAGAAAUACUUCCUCACUUUUGCUAUAGAGCGGGACGGCGUCGCUGAGUAUAAGCACUGCUUAAUAACAAAAAAUGAGAUGGGAGAGUAUAAUCUUAGUGGAACUAAGAGAAGUUUUGGUAACCUUAAGGAUCUGUUGAGUUGCUAUCAGACUGAAACAGUCCGUUCAGACAACAUCAUUUUCCAGUUUACCAAAUGCUGCCCUCCAAAAUCAAAAGAUAAGUCAAAUCUUCUAGUCUUCAGGAGCAAUGGUGUUUCUGAUGUACCUACAUCACCCACAUUGCAGAGACACAAUAAUGUCAACCAAAUGGUCUUUCACAAAAUCCGGAAUGAGGAUUUGAUAUUUAAUGAGAGCCUUGGACAGGGCACCUUUACUAAGAUUUUCAAAGGUGUAAGGAAAGAAGUGGGAGACUAUGGAGAGCUCCAUCAAACUGAAGUCCUCUUGAAAGUUCUGGAUAAAGUGCACAGAAACUACUCUGAGUCUUUCUUUGAGGCAGCAAGCAUGAUGAGCCAGCUUUCUUACAAGCAUUUGGUGUUAAAUUAUGGAGUAUGUGUCUGUGGAGAGGAAAAUAUCCUGGUGCAGGAGUAUGUCAAAUUCGGAUCCUUGGACACGUAUUUGAAGAAGAGCAAAAAUUCUAUCAAUAUCUUGUGGAAACUGGAAGUUGCCAAACAGUUGGCACUGGCCAUGCAUUUCCUGGAAGAUAAAAGCCUUGUUCAUGGGAAUGUAUGCGCAAAAAAUAUCUUGCUUAUCAGAGAAGAAGAUAGGAAGUCUGGAAACCUUCCAUUUAUCAAGCUUAGUGAUCCUGGCAUCAGCAUUACCGUUUUGCCAAAAGACAUUCUUCUUGAAAGGAUACCCUGGGUUCCACCUGAGUGCAUUGAAAAUCCUAAACAGCUGAGCUUGGCAACAGACAAGUGGAGUUUUGGUACCACAUUAUGGGAAAUCUGCAGUGGAGGAGACAAGCCCCUUGGUGCAUUGGAUUCUCCCAGAAAGCUACAGUUUUAUGAAGAUAGACAUCAGCUUCCUGCUCCAAACUGGACAGAACUAGCAAAUCUUAUAAACAGCUGCAUGGAUUAUGAGCCAGAUUUCAGGCCUUCUUUCAGAGCCAUUAUACGAGAUCUUAACAGUUUGUUCACACCAGAUUAUGAGUUAUUGACAGAAAAUGACAUGUUGCCAAAUAUGAGGAUUGGAGCUUUUGGAUUUUCUGGGGCAUUUGAAGACAGGGACCCAACGCAGUUUGAAGAGAGACACCUUAAGUUCUUACAACAGCUUGGCAAGGGUAACUUUGGCAGUGUUGAGAUGUGCCGGUAUGACCCACUACAAGACAAUACUGGAGAGGUGGUGGCUGUGAAAAAGUUACAACAUAGCACCGAAGAGCACCUGCGAGACUUUGAAAGGGAAAUUGAAAUCCUUAAAUCCCUGCAGCAUGAUAACAUUGUUAAGUACAAGGGAGUGUGCUACAGUGCUGGUCGUAGAAAUUUGAGAUUAAUUAUGGAAUAUUUACCAUAUGGAAGUUUACGAGACUAUAUCCAAAAACACAAGGAGAGGCUGGAUCACAAGAAACUUCUAAUGUAUACUUCUCAGAUAUGCAAGGGCAUGGAGUAUCUGGGCACGAAAAGAUAUAUUCACCGGGAUCUAGCAACAAGAAACAUCUUAGUGGAGAAUGAGAACAGAGUUAAAAUUGGAGACUUUGGUCUGACAAAAGUCCUGCCACAAGACAAAGAAUACUACAAAGUAAAAGAACCUGGAGAAAGCCCUAUAUUUUGGUAUGCUCCAGAAUCGUUGACAGAGAGCAAGUUUUCUGUGGCCUCUGAUGUGUGGAGUUUUGGUGUGGUCUUAUAUGAACUCUUCACAUAUAUUGAAAAGAGCAAAAGCCCUCCAGUGGAAUUCAUGCGCAUGAUUGGUAAUGAUAAACAAGGGCAGAUGAUUGUAUUCCAUUUGAUAGAGCUUUUGAAGAACAAUGGACGGCUGCCAAGACCAGAUGGAUGUCCUGAUGAGAUGUAUGCCAUCAUGACAGAAUGCUGGAACAAUACCAUAAAUCAGCGUCCCUCUUUUAGGGAGAUUGCUCUGCGAGUGGACCGUAUAAGAGACAACAUGGGUGGAUAAGAGAACUGAAGAUAAUUCAGAGGACGUAGUGGAAGACAGAAUAAAAUCUGUCCUUUGGGUUGCUGUGGAUUAUACAUGCAUCUAUCUACAUAAGUGCAGGGGAUUGGACUAGAUGAGCUCUCGAGAUCCCUUCUGGUCCUCUGAUUCUAUGAUCUUUGCUAUGGGCAAAAUGUAUGUGAAAAUAUUCUAUCAGAACCAGCAACUGUGAGGAAUUCUGGUCAUUUUCUUCAUCAGGAUACAUUUGCUACUAUAAGGACACAACAACAAAAUACUUUAAUAGAAAGGGUGUUAAUUUUCUAACCAGUGCCCUAAUAUGUGGUCAAUUUGCAUCACCAGUAUUUGCCUUACUUGGCAAUGCAAAAAAGAGUGACUUACCACUUUAGUGGGGUUUUUAGGAAGAUGAAAAGACUGGAUGUAUUUCUUUGCCAAGGUGGAGAUGCACAGAAUAUAUUUUUAGUGUUUUCACACUGAAUGUAUAGCAACUUAGCAUCCUGUGUAGUGUGCUGCACAAGGGCUUGUGCUUUAUUAAUAUAGUUUUAUAAUUUUUCAAUGUCAACGCAGAAUUGGCUUCUUUGUAGGACAAAUUGAAGAAGGGUUAGAUAAUUUACUAAGCAACUUUCAAUGUGCCUGUUUGAGUCCAUUAUUAGCCAGCAAUACAUGCAAAGGUAUGUAUUAGGCUGUUGUGUAAUGUACUGUAAAUAUUUUGAAGGAAAGGGAACAAAUUUUAGUUUUAUUUGUAUAGCAAAUCCUGUCCCCACCAAAUUUUAACUUGUGAAAUGGACAAGCAUAGAAACAGCACAAUCUAUUUUCCUAUCUCCCUUCUCCCCCAUGUAUCUGCUGCAGAAGUGCUGGGUUCUCUCCACAUUUUAUGAAAAUACAGAUGGCAAGUGGAAUUAAAACUGCUUCAGAUAAAGCAAUUACUUCAGUGGGCCACUUAUGAGAAUAAGAAUGCUAAACAUGUUGUUAACCAUAUUACAUGCAGUUAUUUUGUCUAUCUUAGUAACCUUAAUAUGAUGAUGAAUUUAACUUUAAGGAUUCUGCUUGGGGACUGAACACCUCCAAAUCCACGAUUCAGUAUUAUGAAUGAUUAACAGUGUCCUUGUGCCCCCACUCCCAAAAAGGAGUUUACAACAAAACUCCUACCUAUGUGAUCUGGUCUGCUUGCUAAUGGAGUUGUACCAUCCCAUCUCAGAUUUCCCUUCCUCUGAUAAAACACCAGGGGGGUUGGGGAGAAGGUGAUAUCAGUGAGAUUUCAUGGGCAGAAAUUCCUUCACAUCAGUCUGAGGUUUAGGAACCAGGAUUUGCCACCCUGCAAACAGGAACAGGCCCCACUCUCGGAACCCUGUGGGAUCUGCGGAAACCAGAGAUACCCAUACAGACUCCCUGUAUAUUUAUCUUGGCUCUGGUUCCAGUUCUGGCCUCAGUCCUUUUAAUAUAAGUCAAGGAGCUGUACAAAAAAGAUAAAUACAGCUCCAGACUCAAAAGCCCUUUCUAGGGGACUCAUGGUCUUCUUCCCUGGUCCAUUGCAGACCCACAUAAGAGGUAUACAAUCUGUUGAGGUUAACGGAAGCCCCUUACCCUGUUACAGAGGGGAGUGUCCCAAGGAAGUGUUGCACUGUCCUCUCCUUCAACCCUUCCUGCACCCACACCCCCUCUUCCCAGCACCUGCACCCUCACCCCGUCCUCCACCCAUGCUCCAUCCCACACAUCACCCUCCUUCUCACACCUUUUUAUCCCCAAAUUCCCUCCUAGACCUUGCACCCCCCACCUCCUCCUACACCCUGCCUCAGCCCAGAGCCUGCACCACAGACCUACUCCCACACCCACAUUCCCUCAGAGCCCAACCCCUCACCCCUCCUGCACACAACCUCCCUCCCAGAGCCUGUCCACCCUUGCACCUCAGUCCCUUUCCUCAGCCCAGAGCCUGCACCCAAACUCCCUCCCAAAGCCUGUACCCCUUCCCCCACCCAAAUUCUCUCCCAGAGUAUUAUGUGGAUGGGAUAUGAGGGUAGGAAGCUGUGUGUGGAGUGUCCCCUCCAUGAAUAUUUCUUGGGGGCACGAUCUCCAUUAUCUCUAGCUGUAAGUCAAUGACUGGUGUUUUCUAAUUCCAGCCAUAUGAUCCUAUUUGAUCUCUUAAAAUAUGGUAAUUUAUAAACUAAAUUUAACUCUAAAUUGCCUUGUUAGUGUGGUUGUUCACCUUUGUUUUUGUUGAGCAAAUCUCAUUUUCAGGGAAGCUGACAACCACACCUGGCACCUAGGCAAAGUGUCAGGGGCAUCUCUGUUGGAAGGGGCGGAGCAGCCAGCCCUCAGUGCUGCCAGGAGUUCCCUUCCAUGACCCCAGACCUUACAGCUGCCUGGAGCACAUUGCACAGCACUCCAGUGGUGAUUUAAAGGACCCAGGGCUCCCAGCCACCACUGCUGCUACUGUGGCAGGGGCGGGAAGCCCCGGGCCAGUUGUUCUGUUUCUCCCUGCUUCCCCCUUCCCCCCACCGGCUCAAUUGGGCCUGCUCUCUUUAGAGGCACUUUUGUUCUAUGAACCUUUGUUCAUAGAUCCAGAUUUUUAGUCAAGUGGAAUAUUCAUUUUUAAAUAAAUUGACAGCAGAUUAAUUACACAGGAAAAUCAUCACAGACAUUGAGGGGCACAGUAGUGCUGUCACGAUAUCGAAGAAAAUUGCUUUUAAAAAGUACCUAAGUUCUAACAGUGCUUACCCAGUGUUCAGCUUAGCCCAGUGCCAGUAUGAGAAUGGUUUGUGCCUCUAUGGGACACCCUCCUGCAGAUCUUACUUAGGCAGUCUUAUGUUGACCAAAAACAGGAAGACUUUGCCAAGGGCAAGAAGAGCAAGCUCAGGCCUUCUAUUCUGAAAAUUGUAUUUUACCAAUAAUUUAUGCUUCUGUUGCCACAAAAUUUGAAACACUUUAAGCGUUUUUUUAAAAAGUAACUUCACCAUAUAUUUGUCAAAUGCUUUUUUUUUCAAAUCAGUUAUUGCAUUUCUGUACAGUGUUUUGAACUUGAUUUUAAAAUUUGUGCAAAAGAUGUCUGUAGAGUCUUAACUUUGUAUGAUGAGUUUUGUAGGAAUUUUGUUUCGUUUUGUUUUUGUAACCAAACAAAAUAUUCUAGCUUUAUAAGCAUUAAACAGCAUUAUUGCUGGGAUAACAAAUGCAGAAAUCUAAAAUGGCAGUGUAUAACACUCAGUAGGUGGGAUCCAUGAAAGUCCAUAUGCACCUGAGCCCCAGAUUUAGGAGCCUACAUCCUGGUUUAGGCACUUAUGUGCCAGUUUUAGCUUCACUGAUAUGUGAAAAACUCCUGCCAAACCCUGUAAGCACCUAAACUUACUGAACACCAAAGUGUUUUGAAGUAAAAGAUCCCUAGGUACCUCUGUUUCUUCCUCUGGGUAUGUGCUGCCUCAUUCUUUUGGCAUAUUGGGCUGCAUUAGUAGGAGCAUUGCCAGUAGAUGGAGGGAAGUGAUUAAUCCCAUCUGAGGACAAAUCUGGAAUCCAGUUUUGGGCCCCCUACUCCACAAAGGAUGUGGACAAACUGAAGAGUAUCCACUGGAGGGUAAUGAAAAUUAUUAGGGGACUAGGGCACAUGACUUACGAGAGGCUAAGGGGACUGGGCUGCUUUUAGGGAUGUAAAAUCCCAUUUAAUCGGUUAACAGGUUAAACAUUAUUUUAACCAGUAAACCGAUUAAGAGGCAGGAGGGUUGCUCAAGCCUCACUGAACUGGAGCAGCCUCCACACUGCUUUAGGCAGGAGCUGAUUUAGCCUCACCCUCUCUGCAGUGGGCCCAGGCAUAUUGCAGGCAGGGGAUACUCCAGUCAUCCAGAGCAGCCCCUGUCUGCAGGGUGCUGGGGCCUGCGUUGGGCAGGGGCUGCUCCAGCAGGCCCCUCCCUAACACCCCAUGAGGCUGGAGCAGCUCCCUGCCUGCCGCUGGUGAGGAGCUGCUCCAGCCCCCACCAAUUAACAGUUAUCCAGAACAAUUAAGGGUGAUUUACCGGUAAGCUGGCUACUUCGUUAACUUUUCACCUCCCUAGCUUUUUUAGUUUACAGAAGAAAAAAGUGAAGAGGGCUUUGAUAGUAGAGGGGGAGGUGCCAAAGAGGUUGGAGAGAGACUGUUCUCAGAAGUGCAGAUGAUAGAAGGCGCAAUGAUCUCAAGUUGCAAUGGGGGAAGAUCACAACUGGAUAUUAGAAAAAUAAACCUAUUUCACUAGGAGGGUGAUGAAGCACUGGAAUGGGUUACUAGGGAGGUGCUGGAAUCUCCAUCCCUAGAGAUUUUUAAGGCCUGGCUUGACAAAGCCAUGGCUGGAAUGAUUUAGUUGGGGGUAGAUCCUGCUCUGAGCAAGGGGUUGGACUAGAUGGCCUCCUGAGAUCUCUUCCAACCCUAAUCUUCUAUCUAGCUGACCAGAUGCCUGUCUCCAGUCUGAGCCCAUUAGCUAGAGAAGAACAGGCAUUCAGACACAUAACUUGUGUGCAGGGCUCAAUCCUGUAGGCAGGCUCAGAGCCCCCUUACCACAUGAAAUCCAAGGACUGGACACAGGGUCAAGAAGUCCUGACCUUAGAUUUCAAACCUUCCAAGCACUGUUUCAUUAUUUAUUAACCGUGCAAUGGGGAAAAGGGAGCCUUACUUCAGGCUGCCCCAUAGCCAAGCGGUUAGACCAUUCUCCUUGGAUACACCCUUCAAAUGCUCCCUAGCUGGGGGGGUUGUGGAGAAUUGAACCUGGGUCUCCCACAUCCUAAAUGAGUACACUAACCACUGGCUAGGAGUUAUCCAGUUGGUGCUACUCUACCACCACUAUUGGUAGGGUGAGGUAGGUGCCUGAUUCCCUCAAGAAACACUUUAGGUGCCUAAGACACCUAACUCCAGGCAGCAGGUUCCUGUUAAUAGAUUGUUACUUAGACAUAGGUUCCUCCCUGUAACCUGGAUUUAGAUGCAUCUCUCCAAGAGAAGGUGGGGCAGGUCUUAGCAAAGACAUUUCUAACUGGCAUCUCUCACUGGCUAGCCUAACAAGCAUGCUGGCUUUUGUGACUCUCUCUCCCCAAUGAUUGUAGAGGUACCUAACUCAGUUUGGUGGAUCGCUGUGUUCCUGUAAUUUUCUAGGUGACUAAAAAUUGAGCUGUGACAUGCGGUAUUGCAACACUUAAGGCCCUUCAUUGAUCCCACCCUAGGUUUCCAAUAUUCAAGAGACACAGAAUAUAGCUUGUUUAUGUAAAAAUCUCAGGGACAUUUUGUGUAAUGCAAUGAAGAGAUCUUCCAUACUGCUAUUAUUUUCACAUGAAUAAAAGCCCUUUGCUUGUUCUAGUACAGUAUGACUGAUUUCAUACUCUAUUUGAUUUCAUAAGUAGUGUUAGAACUUAAAAUUUUUGAAGUUCUGUAUUUUAUUAAAACAUUGUUAAAAACAUGUUUUUUAUUUUUUAUAUUCAUUUUAAUUUGUAGAGAGACGCUACAAAUUUACAUCAAAUUUUUGUUCUGUUGGACAGGGAUAACUUAAUCCAUUGUAACAAUUAUCUAUAUUAAAGGCUUGAUCCCCAUAGCCCAGUAAAAUCAUUAGGAGCUAAGAAUGCUUAGCACUUUCAGGAGUUAUGCAGUACCUUGCAAGACUGAGAACUUAUGGACAAAAAAAAAA